GUUAUUAACUAUGUGCAUUGUUAGCAUGACUAUUCUGUCAUUUUUAGCUCUGAAAUUUAGGAAAUGGAGUAAAGGAUUUUUCUGUGUCUGGGACUAUAAAGGAGGAGCAAACACAUAGCAAGAAGAUUUGCUGAAGUCAGAUACUCAAUCUCAGCUCAACAGAGCCAUCCCAAUUCCUGCUGGGAAAUAAGUAUCUCAGGGAUAGCUUGGGAGACUUACUCUUCAGUUUCUCUAUACCCUGGAGCUGAGUUACAGAGUAACCCGAAAACAAUGCUUCAGAAUUCACCCCACUAAUAAACCAGAGCAAAGUUCACAACAAGUUCCAUGGAUAGAUGUGCGGGGCAAAGGCCAGAGCUCCAGGGAAGGGCUACCACAGAGCAGGGACAGUCACCUGUCUUGAGCGAGGAUCCCUGUGUCAGCCCCAGCUGUGGCAGGCCAUGAGCUCUGUGUUAUCAAUCGUCUUGCAGGAACUCCCAGGCCCGUUCCUAGUCCUGGGGAUCUUCCUGCCUGUGACUUUGCUGCUUUUCCUCCUGAUUGCCUACUUCAGGAUCAAACUGAUGGAGGUUGAUGAAGAACUGUCUCAAAUUUCUGAUCGCCAAAACAAGUACAGUCCUUCCCUAUACAGGCGGAUGAGACGAAAAUGACUGUGGGGAUCAUUCAGUGGACAAAGAACCAUGAAUUUCACAGGCCACAGAACAAUGGUCAACAGAUCCAUAGGGAAAUGAGAACAAUGGCUACAUCAGCUACUACUAGAGGACUUCUGUGUGAUCUGAUGUUAAUGGCAGUUCUUCAGAAAGUACCAAGGACUUAAAAUUUUCUUUCAUAUGCUCAAUGCAUGAGGCACAUCUUGAGUUUCUUUUGUUAUGACUGUGUUUAUUUACUUGGAAGAAUGUUUUUAAAAUAAAAUUUGUAGACCUAAUCAUAUCACUCUUUGAAAGCUCACAUAGUUUUCCCUUUAAAGGUAAGGAAAGACUGAGAGAAAUCAAAUGGUGCUGUGGGAACUCCUUCAGCCAAUAGCCUUUAAGAUACCUGCCCACUAUGGGAGUGGUCUCAUGUGCUAUAAAAUGCAGAUGAAAAGCGGCACCAGCCUCUUGGCUGCUGGAUUCCUCCUGUUCCCAUGGCACACAGAGAACUGUGGAUCACUCCUCUUUCUGUGAGUUUAUCCCCAGAUGAAUAAACCUUUGUUAUACUCCA